GUCAAGGAGUUCGCGGUUUCCGGCGCGCGGUGCAGGACGGGAAUGCGAGUAGCGUUGUCGGCCGGCGCCUGCCUCGUUUUUCGGCGAGCCGGGCAGGGAGGCGGCGGCAGCCACGGCCGAGGCGGACGGCCAGCCUGGCUAGAUAACUCCAUUAGCCAUGGAAGCUGAAGAGACGAUGGAAUGCAUUCAGGAAUUUCCAGAGCAUUAUAAAGUAAUUUUGGAUAGACUGAAUGAACAGCGAGAGCAGGAUCAGUUCACAGACAUCACUCUGAUUGUUGAUGGUCACCAUUUCAAAGCUCAUAAAGCUGUUCUUGCUGCCUGUAGCCAGUUUUUCUACAAAUUCUUCCAAGACUUCACUCAGGAGCCUCUAGUAGAGAUAGAAGGUGUAAGUAACAUGGCAUUUCGCCACUUAAUUGAGUUCACCUAUACCGCCAAGCUAAUGGUCCAAGGGGAAGAAGAAGCAAACGAUGUCUGGAAGGCGGCUGAAUACCUUCAGAUGUUAGAAGCCAUUAAAGCACUCGAAAUCAGGAACAAGGAAAAUUCAUUGCCACUUGAAUCGAAUCAGGCACAAGAUACCAAUACAGCUAAAAAGAGGAAGAUAGCAGAGACCUCCAAUGUUAUCACAGAAACGCUGCCCUGUGCGGAAUCGGAGCCUGUUGAAAUCGAGGUGGAGAUUGCAGAAGGGGCUAUCGACAUGGAAGAAAACAACGUAGAAGCGCUAGAGGAGGUUGCAUCCGCUGAACAAUCUAUCAAGUACAUACAGACCACAGGCACUUCCGACGAGUCGGCGUUGGCUCUUCUGGCAGAUAUCACCAGCAAGUUCCGCCACGGGGAGAGAAACAGCCAGAUCCAGGAGGAAUGCGACAGCCUGUCCGACCCGAUGGGCAAGCAGGUGGAAGGCAUCGAGAUUAUGGAGCUCCAGCUGUCGCACGUCAACAACCUGUUCCACUGUGAAAAGUGCAACCGUUCGUUCAAGUUGUUCUACCAUUUUAAGGAGCACAUGAAAGCACACUCCACGGAGAGCUACAAGUGCGACCUGUGCAAUAAAAGGUACCUCCGGGAGAGUGCGUUGAAGCAGCACCUUACCUGUUAUCACCUUGACGAGGGUGGCGCCAACAAGAAACAGAAGCAGGGCAAAAAAAUACACGUCUGCCAGUACUGUGAUAAACAAUUUGACCACUUUGGCCAUUUUAAAGAACAUCUGCGGAAACACACAGGUGAAAAGCCAUUCGAGUGUCCAAACUGCCACGAACGUUUUGCUCGGAACAGCACGCUCAAGUGUCACUUGACGGCGUGCCAGUCCGGCGCUGGUGCUAAAAAGGGGCGCAAAAAGCUUUACGAAUGUCAGGUCUGCAACAGUGUCUUUAACAGCUGGGACCAAUUUAAAGAUCACCUGGUGAUACACACAGGCGACAAGCCCAACCACUGCACCCUCUGCGACGUCUGGUUCAUGCAAGGCAGCGAACUGCGGCGGCACCUGCAGGAAAUCCACCACAUCUCGGAGCGGAUUGUGACUGAGGACAUCCUCCCGGUGGACAGUAACCCGGUCGCCUCGAUGACGAUUAUCGAGCAGGUGGAACAAGUCCACGUCCUGCCGCUGAUCCAGGUCCAUGUGGACCCGGCGCAAGUGACGGUCGAGCAGGUGCACCCGGACUUGAUACAGAACAAUCAAGUGAAAGACGAACAAAUAACUGAGCUGCAAGAACAGGUAGAGAUCAGCUACCUGGAAGUGGAGCACAUUCAGACUGAGCCCGGGACAGAAGUGCACAUGGAGGAGCUGGACGUUGAGCACGUCAACCAGCUGCAGAUGGAGGAGGUCCAGGCACAGCUCAUAGAGGAAGUGGAUCUCGGGCCUGUAGAGUCGGAACAGGUGGAUCAAGGGGGACUGGAAGCAAGCGCACCUGUGCAGGUGGGCGAGCUGGUGGCCCCAGCCACUGAUCACGGAGAAUCAGAUGAUUUAAAAACUCAGCCAGCAGUGGACGUACAGGAGGAAAAGGUGGAAAGCUAGGACAAUGUCAACCGUGUUACUGGCGCUCUGAAACAUGGCAUACCAAAUCAUUCUCUUUUUU